UAAAAACCCUGGUAUGAGGAUUUUUUAGAAUGUAGGGUUAGAUUGUUGGUUGUUUAAUCUUUAUUCAAGAUGGCAAUUCAAAACCUUAUGAUUUUGCUUGUUUUAUGUUACCAGAUGGUGUUUAAUGGAUUUGCUGCUCCAUUUGGGUCUACUUUAUACCAGACUGGUAGUGAGCAAGUACGAUUGGAGAGCAAAGAUGGCCCCUUCUCCUUGCCUUAUGUAAACAACCAAAAUCCAGUUCGGCCAGUGGUAGCAAAGUGUAACUUGGCUGUUCUGCUCUCUUUGAAGAAUGCAUCUGGGCUAGUUGUCCAAAAAGGCGUUGAUGGGAAGUUGACUGAGUCCGGCGCCCACCCCGCCAAGGAGUCUGGUGCUCUCCCUGCUGAAGAGCCCAGCCCCCACCAUGUUGAGGAACUGAGCUCUCUUCUUGCUGAGGAGACCAGCCCUCACCCUGCUAAAGAGUCAGUUCUUCCUGCUGAGGAGCCUAGCCCCCACCAUGUUGAGGAACCGAGUACUCUGCCUGCUGAGGAGACCAGCCCUCACCCUGCCAAGGAGUCAGUUGUUCUCCCCGCUGAGGAGCCUAGCCCCCACCAUGUUGAGGAACCGAGUACUCUGCUUGCUGAGGAGUCCAGUGUCCUUCCUGCUGAGGAGACCAGCCCUCACCCUGCUAAAGAGUCAGUUGUUCUCCCCGCUUGUACUCUGCCUGCUGAGGAGUCCAGUGUCCUUCCUGCUGAGGAGACCACCUCACCCCCCCACCAUGUUCUCCCCGCUGAGGAACCGAGUACUCUGCCUGCUGAGGAGUCCAGUGUCCUUCCUGCUGAGGAGACCAGCCCUCACCCUGCUAAAGAGUCCGUUGUUCUCCCCGCUGAGGAACCUAGCCCCCACCAUGUUGAGGAAACUGAGGAGUCCAGUGUCCUUCCUGCUGAGGAGACCAGCCCUCACCCUGCUAAAGAACCAGCCCUCACCCUGCCAAAGAGUCAGUUGUUCUCCCCGCUGAGGAACCUAGCCCCCACCAUGUUGAGGAACCGAGUACUCUGCCUGCUGAGGAGUCCAGUGUCCUUCCUGCUGAGGAGACCAGCCCUCACCCUGCUAAAGAGUCUGUUGUUCUCCCCGCUGAGGAGCCUAGCCCCCACCAUGUUGAGGAACCGAGUACUCUGCCUGCUGAGGAGUCCAGUGUCCUUCCUGCUGAGGAGACCAGCCCUCACCCUGCUAAAGAGUCUGUUGUUCUCCCCGCUGAGGAACCGAGUACUCUGCCUGCUGAGGAGUCCAGUGUCCUUCCUGCUGAGGAGACCAGCCCUCACCCUGCUAAAGAGUCUGUUGUUCUCCCCGCUGAGGAGCCUAGCCCCCACCAUGUUGAGGAACCGAGUACUCUGCCUGCUGAGGAGUCCAGUGUCCUUCCUGCUGAGGAGACCAGCCCUCACCCUGCUAAAGAGUUGUUCUCCGAGUACUCUGCCUGCUGAGGAGUCCAGUGUCCUUCCUGCUGAGAGACCAACCCCUAAAGAGAACCGAGUACUCUGCCCUGAGGAGUCCAGUGUCCUUCCUGCUGAGGAGACCAGCCCUCACCCUGCUAAAGAGUCCGUUGUUCUCCCCGCUGAGGAACCUAGCCCCCACCAUGUUGAGGAACCGAGUACUCUGCCUGCUGAGGAGACCAGCCCUCACCCUGCUAAAGAGUCUUCCAGUGUCCUUCCUGCUGAGGAGACCAGCCCUCACCCUGCUAAAGAGUCCGUUGUUCUCCCCGCUGAGGAACCUAGCCCCCACCAUGUUGAGGAACCGAGUACUCUGCCUGCUGAGGAGUCCAGUGUCCUUCCUGCUGAGGAGACCAGCCCUCACCCUGCUAAAGAGUCAGUUGUUCUCCCCGCUGAGGAACCGAGUACUCUGCCUGCUGAGGAGUCCAGUGUCCUUCCUGCUGAGGAGACCAGCCCUCACCCUGCUAAAGAGUCCGUUGUUCUCCCCGCUGAGGAACCUAGCCCCCACCAUGUUGAGGAACCGAGUACUCUGCCUGCUGAGGAGUCCAGUGUCCUUCCUGCUGAGGAGACCAGCCCUCACCCUGCUAAAGAUUCAGUAGUUCUCCCCGCUGAGGAACCGAGUACUCUGCCUGCUAAGGAGUCCAGUGUCCUUCCUGCUGAGGAGACCAGCCCUCACCCUGCUAAAGAGUCCGUUGUUCUCCCCGCUGAGAAGCCUAGUCCCCAUGUUGAGGAAUCAAGCACUCCCUCCACGGAGGAGUCUAGUUCCCAUCCUGUUCAUGGGAAGAAGUCAAAGAUCCGCCCUCACUCUGCCAAGGAGUCCAACCCUCAACGUUUCAUUACCUGCCUGCUUCAGCCAAGAUGUGCUUAUGCACUCAAGUCAAUUAGUAGAUCGGUUCAUCUCUAA